AUGACAUUGAAAAUUCAGAGCAGUAUAAAGAAGUCGCAGCAAUGGCAGCAACAGACAGAAAACACAAUCAACCGACUGACAGUAAGCUCGGAACAUGUGGCCAAUCAAAUAGAAGAUUCAUCUCAUUUGCAGUCGCAACUUUUAGAUGCCCAAAACGCAAGCUUAGAAAAUCAAGAACGACUGCUUUCCAGUGGUCAAUCUCUAAGCGCUGCUUUAGAACAAUCUCAAGGAAAUGUUGCGAAAAUGGUUGAGAACUUCAAGCAUCAAUCCACAGAGCAAAGAGCAUUGAUGGGAGAAGUGUUUGAGCGAAUCCAGAUGCUACAAUCCAUUGUGAUGGGAGAAUUCACAGGGUUCUAUAGUUGGAUAUUCUACACAUUCGCGAUUAUUGUGUCCUACCUCAUCACGUCCACCCCAAGGACAAGUGGAGCAAGAAUUUGGCUAUUUGCUAUUAUGACAUUGAAUAUCAUGACAGAGCGCAUGGUUGUCAGCUGGUAUGUCAACGAAGAUGCAAAACAUAUCUACCCCGAUGCAAAUGUUCUAGCCUUCAAUAGGUUAUGGUGGUGCAGGACGUUCUAUGGCACUUUAGCAGUGGUCAUUCUUGGAAUGUGCACCUAUCGUUACAGAGACCUCGUGAAAGAAACACAUGACAAGAUAGCACAGAUAUUCGAUCAAAAUAAAAUGAUUAUGGAGAACCUUAAAGCACAGCCUAAAACUCCAAAUGCCAGUUUACCUUUGGAAGUAGGCAAUGGAUAUAACAGGUACAUAGAGGGACAAGGUCCUGCCAUGAUCACACAUGGAGGACAUGGAGUAUCCAACACAAGCAGUAGCAGUGGAAUUAGCGCUGAUAUGGUCGACAGUCAAAAAAAUCUCAGUAUUCAAUACAAGCGAAAGCCAAGCUAUUCUCCAAAAAUACUCGAUGAGACACAGUCAGGCUACAACUCUGAUGAUUCGAACUCUAAUUCUGAUGAUUCUUUUGCGGAGAGUGAUCACACAUAUAUUCCCAGAGGGAAGGAGAGCGAUUCUGAUACCAGCAUUGCGAGUUUUGCGACAGGACUUUCCCGUCAGUCUAGUCGUUGUAGCACCCCUAGCCUUUAUGAUGAGUUGAGAGACCUGAGGAAGGACAUGGGAUUAGUGACACCAGCAAAAGAUGGCAGCACUAGUAUUGGUUCAGCUGGUAAACGGGGCCCAGGCAGACCCAAGGGGAGUCGAAAUAAUACACCCGUCCAUUCACCCAUGUCUGGUGAACGUUUUGGAUUACAGCGCUAUAAUCUUCGAAAUCGCAAUGUGACAUCACCAAAUGUUAAUCCAAUUGUAAACCAGGAAACCGAAGGACAAUUUGGGCAACUUGUUAAAAGACUACAAAAGAUUUCCCAUCGAAAUAGCAUGUUGGCGAGAUUCACGAUUGAACGUAAAGAAAUUCUACCAUCAGAUGAUGAUAUGUAAUACAUUUAUGAUGAUCUCUUGAAAAUUGAAGAUGUGAACACUGAAGAAUAUGUUGAAUUGUCUGAUAGUGAUAUGUAUUUGAUACUGUGUUCCUUGGGAUAAACUUAUCUCUCCAGCAUUGGAUACAUAUACAGCACCUAGUAAAGAAUUAGAAAAAAUGGUUGGAUGUAUUGCUAGAUUUCAUUGCAGAAUUAUUUCCCUCAUAUUUCAUUUAUUUCCGCCAUUUAAAAGGGGUUUCUCAUUCUAAAUGAAGGACCAGUUUUAAUACACUACUAAUAGACCAUUCCAGAAAAAUUGAAAUAGAAAAAACGGUUGAAUAUUGAUUUGCUACAAGUUGAACAUUAGUUUGUAUUUCAUUGACAAUUUGAAAUUCAUUUGAAAGUUCCAGGUUCUAGGAGACACAUGUUUGUAUUUCCUAGAUGUAUCAUUUAUUUGCUAAUGAGUAACAAUAGACAGAUUAUGUUUUAAUUUCAUUAAAAUUUCUUUGAGAGAACUGAUACUCUGCUGUUCUGAUAAUUAAUCUGCAGUGAACAUUUCAAGGAGGAUUGACUCCCAGCAUUCUUUCACCAUCAUCUUUUGACUGGCAUGAACCAAUUUGGUAAUUACUACAAUAACAUUCAUCUCCAGAAUAAGCUUUUAGUUAGCAG